AAGAUAAAUUUAUGUUGUCUAGGUUUCUCCAAGCAUCACCUAGACAGCAACUUUUUUUUAAGUGUAAGCCAGCUAUCUGAAAACUCAAUUAAAUUAAAGAAAGUCUGAUCCAACUGUCAAAAGAUGCUAGCUGUUCAUCACACUAAAGCUUUCGUCACACUGAAAACAUCUCGAGAACAUCUUUUUGUGAUUCAUUUUCCAUCACCCUCCAGUAAAAUCUCGUGAGGAGGAGCGUAUUCAUCUUUUGCCACCACUCAAACAGGUACACUGCAGCUAAAGCAACUCUCCCAAAAUAUUCCCAGAAUAUCGACAGCAGGAUCAUGUCUGCAGUUUCUUUAUUCUCUUGAUUAAAAAACUAUAUUCUCGUUAUAUAUGUCGAGUUCUUCUCUUUCACAAAUCUAUUGUUCAUAUCUUGUGGGACGUCUUUCUAAAGUUCAUAUUUUAUGGAUUCCCAUAACUUUAGGACCAACCACGAUCGAACCUUUCUUCUUCUGGCCUGAGUUCAACUAUAGGAACCACUGUCUGGCUCUUAAAGCAAACAUUUCUCAAGUCCAGAGUCGAUCUAUAUAAAUCCCAAUUAGCUCUCUUUGGCUGAGCAUUGAUUGCAUUGGUACAAUGAAGGUCGUUAAACUACCAUCUUUUCUUCUUGCUCUUCUUCUCCAUCUCUGUUUCUCUGCAGCUCGUGCGAACUCUCUCCAAGUCCAUCCCAAGGAGAAGGUUCAUCAACUCCUCAAUGAGCAACCAAUCCACGGGGUAAAUUUAAAUGUGAACAGCAGUAGCAGUAGAAAUGGUGGCGGUGGAGAACUGAGUUUAUGGAGGAGGGAGAUGGGCGAGGAGAGGAAUUUGAAAAAGAGUAGCGGCGGUGGCGGCGGGAGUGGUGGGAGUGGCGGGAAAGGCGGCGGGGGGAAGGGGGUAGGAAGUGGAGGGAAGGGUGGCGAAGGAGGCGGCUCACAAACAACCCGUCAACCUCGCAAUGAAAAGAGCGGCGGCUCUCUCACUCGCUCACAUUCUUUUUCUUGCUCGACGCCUCUCUUCCUUGUUUCCUUUCUGCUGCUACUCCGGAGCGAUUGAGUUGCUGCUGUUUGAUCGAUUGUGUGAUGGUUUUGUAGAGCAAGUUCAUGUUUGUUUCGAAGUUUGAAAGUUGUGAGUGAGAGUUCUUUGUUACUGAAUAUAAGUUGGUUGAGUCGAACCGAUUGACAAGGCGGCUUGUUUCGACCGAUUGAUUGGUCGGUCGAUCAACAAACCGAAGGGUUGAGGAUGGGGCCUCAAUGUUUUGGAUGCCGACAGAAGUUUUGUUACGAGACUAAUGAGCAUCUGUGUUCUUCCAUGUGUUUUUCCAAAAUAAAUAAAUAAACACUGAAUUUGGAUGUCGA